AUGACUACCACUGCCACAGAGACCCCCACGACAAACGUGACCCCCACCACGUCACUGCCCAAGGAGACCGCCUCCCCAGGAGGGACCGCUUCUGUCAACACGUCAUUCGACUGGGAGAGCAUCUGCGGCAAGACGCCGUUGGAGGAGAUCGAGUCGGACAUUUCGCGUCUCAAAAAGACCUUCCGAUCGGGCAAAACUCUGGAUCUGGACUACCGACUCGACCAGAUCCGAAACCUGGCGUAUGCGAUCCGCGAUAACGAAAACAAGAUCCGCGACGCCAUCAAGGCGGACCUGAAACGACCUGACUUCGAAACCAUGGCGGCCGAGUUCUCGGUCCAGAUGGGCGAAUUCAACUACGUGGUCAAAAACCUGCCGAAAUGGGUCAAGGACGAAAAAGUCAAGGGAACCAGCAUGGCGUACUGGAACUCGUCGCCAAAGAUCCGGAAACGGCCCCUGGGCUCCGUGCUUGUCAUCACGCCCUGGAACUACCCACUGAUUCUGGCCGUGUCGCCUGUUCUGGGCGCCAUUGCCGCAGGCAACACCGUGGCGCUGAAAAUGUCAGAAAUGUCACCCAACGCGUCAAAGGUGAUUGGCGACAUUAUGACAGCUGCCCUGGACCCCCAGCUCUUUCAAUGCUUCUUCGGAGGAGUCCCCGAAACCACCGAGAUCCUCAAACACAGAUGGGACAAGAUCAUGUACACCGGAAACGGCAAAGUGGGCCGAAUCAUCUGUGAGGCUGCCAACAAGUACUUGACACCUGUGGAGCUCGAACUCGGAGGAAAGUCGCCUGUUUUCGUCACCAAACACUGCUCCAACCUGGAAAUGGCCGCCCGCCGAAUCAUCUGGGGCAAAUUCGUCAACGGAGGACAAACCUGCGUGGCUCCAGACUACGUUCUGGUGUGUCCCGAGGUCCACGACAAAUUUGUGGCUGCCUGUCAAAAGGUGCUGGACAAGUUCUACCCUAACAACUCUGCCGAGUCCGAGAUGGCCCAUAUCGCCACCCCUCUCCAUUACGAGCGUUUGACGGGCCUGCUCAAUUCCACCCGAGGUAAGGUCGUUGCUGGAGGCACUUUCAACUCGGCCACCCGGUUCAUUGCUCCUACGAUUGUCGACGGAGUGGAUGCCAACGAUUCUCUGAUGCAGGGAGAACUGUUUGGUCCUCUUCUCCCCAUUGUCAAGGCCAUGAGCACCGAGGCUGCCUGCAACUUUGUGCUUGAGCACCACCCCACCCCCCUGGCAGAGUACAUCUUUUCAGAUAACAAUUCUGAGAUUGAUUACAUCCGAGAUCGAGUGUCGUCUGGAGGUCUCGUGAUCAACGACACUCUGAUCCACGUGGGAUGCGUACAGGCGCCCUUUGGAGGUGUCGGAGACAGUGGAAAUGGAGGAUACCAUGGCAAGCACACUUUCGAUUUGUUCAGCCAUUCUCAGACGGUCCUCAGACAACCCGGAUGGGUCGAAAUGCUGCAGAAGAAACGGUAUCCUCCGUACAACAAGAGCAACGAGAAGUUUGUCCGGAGAAUGGUGGUCCCCAGCCCUGGUUUUCCCCGGGAGGGUGACGUGAGAGGAUUUUGGUCGAGACUCUUCAACUAG